CACACACAUACUCAUUUGGCAUAACCUCUCCCUCCGUAACCCACUCAUUCCCCCCGCGCACUCUGUGCUUACAACCUAUGAACCACUACCGGAUGGAGCAGGAAAAUCCUUCUUGAUGCCCAGAAGCGCCAAUGGAAGCGUGAAUACUGGAUUGCUACCUUUUCACGGUGUAUAGAAUGGGAUGUAAAGAUGAAUUUUUAACGGACCAUUCUUAAUUGCCAUCAACUGACAACGUUUUAAGAACAUUUUGCGUAUUUUGUGCUGUAGAAGUCAAGAUGACUGUAAGCCAGGUGGUCCUGGUGUUGGGGUUACUGUGGGUCAGCACCAACGCACAGGUCAGAGGCCCGCGUCCGUGGCCCCCGCAGGGAAUCGAGCCGGAUCCAGACACAACUGUUCCCGACCCAUCAGUCCCGUGUUGUCAUAAAGAAAUCAUGUGUCCGAUCAACGUGUUCUUCGUCUUGGACACUUCCGAGUCCGUGGCGUUGCUGGAGAAGCCCCCUGGCAGCGUGGUGGCGAGUAUCAAAGAGUUCACCAAGUACUUCGCCGUGCGACUGAAGGACGAGACCUACACCAAUGGCGUCCAGCUCAGCUGGACCAUGGGAGGCCUCCACUUCUCCCAGAACAACAAGGUCUUCAGCAGGAUCACCAGCCGUGAAGAAUUCCUCCGGAACGUCAACUCUAUCACCUACUUUGGCAAGGGCUCGUACAUCGACUGCGCCCUCAACAACAUGACUGAGGAGAUCGCACGGCACCCGUUUCCGAUGAAGACGGUGAACUUUGGGGUGGUCGUGACGGACGGCUAUGAGACUGGCAACCACUGUGGUGGCAUCAAGAUGGCCGCUGAGCGGGCGAAGGACCAUGGGACUCAGCUGUUCUCCGUCGCCGUGUCCGGUACUAAGGCGGAGGCGGGACUGCAACUGAUCGCCAGCUCCCCCGUGGAACUGUUCCGUGACGACUACGUGGCCGUCGAUCUUCCUCAGAGUGCGAACGUUAACAUGCCAACGAUUGAACGGAUUAUUAAAGCAAUGAAACAUCGUGCCUAUCAGGAGUGUUUCAAACCCAAAUGUGUAGAACAUGAUGGCCCUCCCGGUCCCAAAGGCUUCAGAGGAGCAAAAGGACAAAAGGGGGGUAUCGGAGUGCCUGGGUCGAAAGGCGGUGACGGGCGGGCGGGGGAUCCAGGGCUUGAGGGUCCGAUUGGCCCUCCGGGUCCAAAGGGUGAAACAGGAGCGAUAGGAGAUAAAGGUGACAUUGGAGACCAAGGGGGAAAGGGCACAGUGGGACUUCCUGGUCGCAAUGGAACAGAUGGUCAGAAGGGUAAGAUCGGGCGGAUCGGCGCCCCUGGUUGUAAAGGGGACCCAGGAGACAAGGGAUCGGACGGGUAUCCUGGAGACGGUGGUGACCCUGGACCCGGGGGAACUGUAGGAGCGAAGGGGGAUUCUGGACGGCAAGGCAGAUUAGGCCCACCUGGGCCACCAGGAGAUGUUGGACCUAAAGGGGAAGGAGGGGUGCCAGGAACACAAGGGUUUCCAGGAACGAAAGGGUCACGGGGAGGACCAGGGGGAGGCGGGCCUGUAGGAGAGAAGGGAAAAAGAGGCAUUACUGGAGCCAAAGGCACAGAAGGGCGUGUUGGACCCAAAGGAGAUAAGGGGGAGGCAGGCCCAGAGGGUACGAGGGGAUCUACUGGACCGGUCGGAAGUAAGGGAGCCAAGGGACAUCCUGGUUUGGGAGGUCCUAGAGGACAACCAGGGGAAACAGGAACUCCUGGCAUCCAGGGUUCUGCAGGGGAUCCUGGAGACGAGGGCCCCAGGGGAACCGUUGGCCCCCCAGGACCAAGGGGUGACCGUGGAAGAGACGGGUUCAGCUAUCCUGGCUCCAGAGGACCAACGGGCGACCAGGGUGAGAAGGGGAGGAGGGGUCAACGAGGGAGCAGAGGAGACUGUGGGGCCAAAGGAGAUCCUGGGACCAAGGGCGGAAAGGGCGAAACGGGUAAACCAGGACUACUGGGACAAUCCGGUCGCAGAGGACCUUCAGGAGAAACUGGUUCUCCUGGGGGGUCAGGCCCUGAAGGAGACCCUGGACUGAAUGACUGUGAUGUCAUGAGCUACAUCAGAGAGACAUGUGGUUGUUGUGACUGCGAGAAGCACUGCGGCGCUCUGGACAUUGUGUUUGUGAUUGACAGCUCAGAGAGUGUCGGGCUCACAAACUUCACCCUGGAAAAACACUUUGUCAUCAACACAAUGAACAAGCUGGGCUCCAUGGCAACCGACCCCAAAUCACCUACAGGGACUCGAGUCGGAGUUGUGCAGUACAGCCACAACGGAACCUUCGAGGCUAUCCAUCUCAAUGACCCAAACAUCAACUCACUCUCAGCCCUCAAGAAGGCCAUCAAGGAACUAAAGUGGAUCGCCGGUGGAACCUGGACUCCGUCUGCCCUCAAAUACGCCUACGACACCCUCAUCCGUAACGGGAAACGUGAAGGGGCCAGGGUGACUGCGGUGGUGAUCACAGACGGUCGCUACGACCCUAAAGACCAACCUGGCUUGCUCCGUUCCCUCUGUCAGGACCCCAGCGUAGACGUCAUGGCCGUGGGAAUCGGGGACAUGUUCAACGUCCCAGGGCAGGACGAGACGCUGGUCAGCAUCACGUGUGACCGGCCCCAGCGCGUGAGGAACAUGACCCGCUACACUGACCUGGUGGCGGAGGAGUUCAUCCAGGAGGUCGAGACAGUGCUCUGUCCUGACCCCGUAAUCGUUUGCCCAGAUCUGCCAUGCCAGAAAGAGAUUGCUGUGGCGCCUUGUGCCGACCGGCCCGCGGAUCUCGUCUUUCUGGUGGACGGCUCAGAGCGCCUCGGCCAGGAUGACUUCGACCGCGUGCGCGCCUUCAUCGAGAAAGUGGCGCGGCGCCUCCCGUUGGCCCAGGAUGCCAGCGACACCAUGCGCUCCCGUGUGGCCGUGAUGCAGUACGGCCAAGCCAACCAGCACGAGAUGACCUCCGGUUUCACGCACGACCUCUCCGUUCUCACCAAGCGUCUGGAGGGCAUGCGUUACCUGGACGCCUCCUCCGACGUCACCUCCGCCAUCACGCACGCCGUCAGCAACGUUCUCUUCUCCGAGCGUGUGCGGCAGACCAGGAGGGAGGCCGAGGUCAACUUCGUCUUCGUUACGGACGGCGUCACGACUACAGAGGGGCUAAAGGAGGUUCUCGGAGUCAUGCGGAAAGAGCAGGUGGUACCCAUGGUCGUCGCCAUGGGAAACGAGGUGGACAAGGACGUUGUCAUGGAGUUGGCAUUCAGGGAUCACAAUGCAGUGUUCCAGGGGCCAGACUACACACACCUGUCCAAGCAGAACUUUUUUGACCGGUUCUUCCGGUGGGUGUGUUAAUGUUAAGGGGAGGAGUGAGAUGUUUAGUUCCCCUAACCACUGGUACUUUUUUUUUUUCUUAACUUUUUUUUGUUACACGAGACCAUCCACUCUUAUUCCUUCUCAUAGUAUGGUAAUACCAAGAUUAACACAUUUGUUUGUUGAUUGUUGAUUAACACAAGCUGUCACAUACUAGACUAUUUUGAGCAAAAACAACUUCAUGUUUUUAUGGACAUACUGAGAACAACUUCACCAGGGGUUGAUCCAUUCAAUAUCAAAUUCAUAAUCAUGCUUUCCCAUGAUUUAUUCCUCAUUACAACAUAACAGCACCCACUUGCAGUGGAAGGGUUAGCAUCCAGCGAUGUAUCUUUUCCUACGUGUCUUUCUCCUUACUGUAAGUUACAUUGACCUUAAAGGGAAACACCAGGGCCAAGGUGAGAUACCUUAUCUGCUGUCCUCAAAUAACCAGCACCAAGCACUGAGACGCAGGUCACGGUCAGAGAGGGCUCUGUAUGUUUUUUUGUCAUUCAAGACAAGUAGUGUAGCUUUGGGUCCAUUAUUUCCCAUCUAAGUUGUAUUUUCCCUUGAAGCCCCACACAUAGGCACAUUGAGAAAAAACCCUGACUCGCCCUUGAGUAAUUUUCUCAGAGCCUUGACAGCAGUAAUUUAAGAUAUUUCACUACACAGCAACAGGGUGUGUUCAAUAAUAAUAUUAGUGUAGCCAUUAUCACGGUAUAAUGUUCUUACACACAAUUGUCUCCCUAUAUCAAAGUGCUAAUCUUUGGUCUGGUUACCAAAAAGACAUGUUGUAAGAUCCACUGGGUGCUUUUGAGUUCAAAUAAACAAUGUUGUGUUUCCCCAA